GGUGGGCCCCCACACCUCCCCACCAUAUGGAUUAUAAGUCAAGCCUGAUCCAGGAUGGGAACCCGAUGGAGAACUUGGAGAAGCAGCUGAUCUGUCCCAUCUGCCUGGAGAUGUUUACCAAGCCAGUUGUCAUCUUGCCGUGUCAGCACAACCUGUGCCGGAAAUGUGCCAGUGACAUCUUCCAGGCUGCAAAUCCCUACUGGACCAGCCGGGGCAGCUCGGUGUCCAUGUCUGGUGGCCGUUUCCGCUGCCCGUCCUGCCGCCACGAGGUGAUCAUGGAUCGCCACGGCGUCUACGGCCUGCAGAGGAACCUGCUGGUGGAGAACAUCAUCGACAUCUACAAGCAGGAGUGUUCCAGCCGGCCCCUGCAGAAGGGCAGCCACCCCAUGUGCAAGGAGCACGAAGACGAGAAAAUCAACAUCUACUGCCUCACGUGCGAGGUGCCCACGUGCUCCAUGUGCAAGGUGUUUGGAGCCCACAAGGCCUGCGAGGUGGCCCCGCUGCAAAGCGUCUUCCAGGGACAAAAGACUGAACUGAGUAACUGUAUCUCCAUGCUGGUGGCGGGGAACGACCGCGUGCAGACCAUCAUCACUCAGCUGGAGGACUCCUGUCGAGUGACCAAGGAGAACAGUCACCAGGUGAAGGAAAAGCUGAGCCAGAAGUUUGACAUACUAUACACCAUCCUGGAUGAGAAGAAAAGUGAGUUGUUGCAGCGGAUCACACAGGAGCAGGAGGAGAAGCUCAGCUUCAUCGAGGCCCUCAAACAGCAGUACCAGGAGCAGCUCGACAAGUCCACCAGGCUGGUGGAGACAGCCAUCCAGUCCCUGGACGAGCCUGGUGGGGCCACCUUCCUCCUGAGUGCCAAGCCACUGAUCAAAAGCAUUGUGGAAGCGUCCAAGGGUUGUCAGCUGGGGAAGACAGAGCAGGGCUUUGAGAACAUGGACUACUUUACUUUGGACUUGGAGCACAUAGCGGACACCCUGAGGGCCAUCGACUUUGGGACAGAAGAGGAAGAGGAAGACUUCAUUGAAGAAGAGGGAGAAGAUCAGGAAGAGGACGAGUCCAUGGAGGGGAAGGAAGACGGACAGUAGUAAGGAGCUGGAUGAGUGACAGACUGUCUAGAUGC